AGGGGCCGAGCACAAGAUGGCGCGGGGCGGGAAGAAGCAGAAGCUGCGGCGACUCGCCCGGGCGCAGCGACGGAGCCGGGGUCCGGGCCAGAAGCAACUGAAGAAAGAUCCCGGGGUACCCAAUGUGGGGCCUUUCAAAGCACAUGCACAGCAAGAGGCCGAGAAGAGGAAGCAAAGGAUGGAGGAGCGGCUGGAGAGGCAGAAGGCAGCCCGCGAGCGAGGGGUCGCCGAGCGCCGCAGCCUCGAGGGACUGCAGCGUGACGCCCAGAGGAGGCAGCAAGAGUUCGAGCAGAAGGAGAGCGAGCUGGAGGACAUCCGGAGCCGCCUGAACCUGGAGAGCGAGACGUCACGGAAGGCGUACUACAGGGAGUUUCGGAAGGUGGUGGAGGCCUCGGACGUAGUGCUGGAGGUGUUGGACUGUCGGGACCCGAUGGGCUGCCGGUGUCCCCAGGUGGAGCAGGCUGUGCUGCAGUCCGGCACCCGCAAGAGGAUCGUCCUGGUGCUGAACAAGAUCGACCUUGUGGCAAAGGACGUGGUGCAGAAGUGGCUGAGGUAUCUGAGGAACGAGCUGCCCACCAUUGCCUUUAAGGCUUCCACGCAGCUCCAGAACAAAAACCUGCACCGGAGCAAGGUUCCCGUGGAGCGGGCGGGGUCUGACCUCCUGCAGAGCAGCGCGUGCGUGGGGGCGGACAACCUGAUGCGUCUCCUGGGCAACUACUGCCGCAACCAGGGCCUCAAGACCGCCAUCACCGUGGGAGUGGUCGGAUUUCCGAAUGUCGGGAAGAGCAGCUUGAUCAACAGCCUGAAGCGAGCCCGUGCCUGCAACGUUGGCGCCACCCCUGGAGUCACCAAGUGCCUGCAGGAGGUCCACCUGGACAAACACGUCAAGCUGCUGGACUGCCCGGGAAUCGUUAUGGCGACGCCCUCCUCGGACGCGGACGUUGUCCUGCGCAACUGCGUGAAGGUCGAGCAGCUGACCGAUCCCGUGGGGCCCGUGGCCGCCAUCUUGCGGCGGUGUGACAAGCAGCAGGUCAGACAGCACUACGGGGUCGGCGAGUUCCGAGACGCCCGGGAGUUCCUGGCGCUGCUGGCGCGCCGUCUCGGCAAGCUGAAGAAGGGCGCCGUGCCGGAUCACGAGAAGGCGGCGAGGACCGUGCUCUCCGACUGGACCAGCGGCAAGAUUCGCUACUUCACCCACCCUCCCGAGACGCACACCCUCCCCACGCACAUCAGCGCGGAGAUCGUCAGCGAGCUGGGCAAAGCCUUUGACAUCGAGGAGCUGGAGAAGGGAAACCUGGAGGCACUGAGUGAGAUGGAGUCUCCCACGGAAGAGGACGGGAUCUGCAUGGAGCUGGCUGGUCUGACGCACGCCGCUAGUCCGUCGCCCCCGGACACUGAGAUGGCGGAGGACGGGGCAGGUCAGGAGAAGGCCCCCGCCGGUGGAUCCGAGUCCCAGGUGGGGGCGAUGACGGUGCUGCUGGAGGGCAGGAAGAACAAGUCGGCCCCAGAGACGGAGACGGCACCAGGGAGGGGGCCGGGGCAAUGGGACCUGGGCUCGGUCCGGGACGCGGACCCCCUGUGGCAGGGGCAGGCGCUCAGGGCGGCCAGCAGGAGGCGGCGGAGGUUACAGAAACGUGCAGAUAAACUGGCCACCAAGCUGUCGGACUCCCUCACCACCGCCAUGGACUUCUCCCUGGGGGACUGAGGGCGGCCCCCAGGGUCCUCGCCACCACCCCUCCUUCCACCAGGGCCCACCCGCACAAUCAGGCCGAGAGAGAGGCUGGGGUGCGAGAACUGAGCCCCCCCCCCCCCCCAUCGGAAUUGCUUCGACGGGGGGCACGAAGUGGCGGGGGGACCUACAAUAAAAUGUGAAUUGUGUGACACGCA